AUGGCUUUCAAGGCCGCCCGAUACCUCCAGCACUUCGUCUCGGGCGAAAAGAAAGCGCCAAACUCCAGACCCCCUCACUUCCUGGCUUUUCGGUCGUCUAGCACGUUCAUCCUCGCGACCGUUUGUAUCGCCAUCUUCACCGAUAUCCUGCUCUAUGGCAUCAUCGUGCCGGUCAUCCCAUUCGCACUGACCAGCCGAGUCGGCGUCGACGAGGACUCCGUGCAGACGUGGAAUGCCAUUCUCCUGGCAUGUUACACCAUUGCCCUCUUCAUCGGCAGCCCCCUGGUCGGGCUGUAUGCUGAUCACACGUCCUCAAGGAGAUGGCCUCUUCUCAUCGGCCUGGUUUCUCUGGCGGGCUCAACCAUCUUCCUCUGCCUGGGGAGAACUAUCGCCCUUCUUAUCAUCGGCAGGAUCCUGCAAGGCCUGAGUGCGGCCAUAGUAUGGACUGUUGGACUGGCCCUGAUGGUUGACACUGUGCCAGACAAGAUUGGCGAGGCAAUGGGAUACUCAGCCAUUGCCAUGUCCAUGGGCCUGCUGGUCUCGCCUGCCAUCGGCGGGGCCGUCUUUGCUGCGAAGGGUUACUACGCUGUGUACUAUAUCGCUUUUGGUUGCAUUUUUCUUGACAUUAUCCUGCGCUUGAUUCUCAUCGAAAAGAAGAUCGCGAGGCAGUGGAUUAGUGAUCAAGAGGAGUCCUCAGGUUCCAGUCCCGGCGCGGCUGGAGAGUCUGCUGGAGAAACAGCCGAGGCUGCCGAAGCGCCAGAGAUGAGCGUGAUGCACGAUGAGAAGCAGGUCGGAGGAGCAGGUCCAGGUCACGAUGGUGGCAACAGUAAUAUUGAUUCAGAAGCUACUGCGGUGCCACCAGCAGCACCGUCCAUCGUCGCGAGCGGGAGGACAGCGAAGCACCCCAAGCUGCGGCUCCUCAAAUCGCGACGUCUUCUGGCUGCAAACUUUGGAAUCAUCAUCCAAGCCGGUGCGAUGAUCUCGUGGGACACGGUCGGGCCGCUGUUUGUCAAAGACACCUUCAACUGGUCCUCGACAGCCGCGGGCCUGAUUUUCUUCGCGAUCUUCAUCCCAGCCUUCAUAUCCCCUGUUGUGGGCUGGAUGUGCGACCGCUACGGCGCGAGGUGGCCCACGACAGCCGGCUUCGCAGCCUCCAUCCCCGUGCUGGUCUGCCUGCGCUUCGUUACCGACAACACCAUCGGCCACAAGGUCCUCCUGGGCGCCCUGCUGGCCCUCCUGGGCGUCACCCUGACCUUCGCCAACACGCCGCUGAUGGCCGAGAUCACCUACGCCAUCGACGCGGAGGAGGCCGCCAGCCCGGGCGUCUUCGGGAGGAAUGGCGUGUACGGGCUCGGCUACGGGCUGUUCUGCACGUCGUUUGCCCUCGGAGGCUCCGUGGGCAGCCUGAUGUCGGGGUACGUGAUGGACCGCAACGGCUGGGGCACGCUGACCUGGGUGCUGGCGGUAUGGAUGGCGAGCGGGGCGGUUGUCGUCGCCUAUGGCGUGGGAGGAGGCAAAACUGCGACUGCCAAAGGUAGUCCCGAGGCUGCAGCUGGUGCUGACAUAGAGAGCGCGGCGUGA